UCAUACAUGCCGCAGUUCGUUAGAAAACGCGUUUCAAGGAUGAUCACGACGUACUUUUUCGGUUUUUUCAUGCUUCUCUUUGCCGGGUACGAUUACUCCUCCACUGAAGUGAUAGAAGUACCGGAUCCACCAAAUUUGACAACAGCAGGAGUAAAUAUCCAGUGGAGGAAUGUAGAAAAUGUGGGGAUCAACGACACCAACUGUGACACUGGAAGCAAGCACCAUGAAGCAACUACCGAUUUAUUCCCUGUUCUACAAACUAGAGGAGGCGCUAAAGACAUUUGGAAUGCAAUGCGUUUAAGUUUCAAGAAGGAAAAACCAAUGUAAUUUCCUUUUGAUAUGGCUGAGUAUAGAUUCUGUGAUAAU